UCUCAACUGAUGAAGUUUCACUAUGUCAUCAAUUGAUUUGCUACUUAGGUAUUACUCACUAUGGUUAUAAAUUGCUUGGUACAAUUUUGAGCUGAGGUAUUUUAUCAAAAUUAAGAUGAUUUUAUAGCGGCGAAUCACAUACCAUAUUUGUCAACAAUCAUGUAUGAAUAGUACGAUCUCGUUGACCCUCUCAAUCUACCUAUUUUAGGGAAACCUUAGGGAAUUUCGGGGUUCUCCCCAAAGUCAUAAUAAGCUUGGUAGUUUUCCUGAAAGUUUGAGGGAAUUUUAGGGAAAAACUCAAAAGGUUAUAAGAUUCUGUGGAAAUCUAAAGAUUUCCCUAGACACUUUAGAGAUUUUCCCCUAACCUGGGGAAAUUUUGGGGUUUUUGUGGCAUUUUCCCAUAGUUUUCUGUGGCGGUUUCCCCGAAAUUCACCCAACCCGGACAAAGUUUUACCAGAACUAAGGAGAUCGAGUUGGUCCAUAGAUUAUAUUACCGUCUAGCUCCUAAAGGAUAAACAAUUAUAUUGGGCCUAUUAUAACUUGUAUUAGGACGACCAAUAAAUGUACUAGAAUGAAGUUAACCUGAGUUGUAAUACCAUGAAAUAACGUAAAAGUUUAUUGGACUAGUUUAAUCUGAGUUGGGCUGUGUUGAGGUAUAGUGAACUGAAGUUGUUCCUGUGUACCACCAAUUAUAAUUGUUCAGGGAAAGUAAUGCAGUUAGUUAGACAGGAAGUGAUAAGUAGGAAGGUAUAUAGAUUAGAAUUCGUGAUCAAUCAUUUUACCAUACCGGAGAAAAUCACUAUAAUUGAAUUUUUACUUUUGAUAGUCACAUGAAUAGACUGGACUUAUGUAGCCUAAAAUAGUAUAUUAAUGUAUGAUCCUAUCAUGUAAAGAUCAACAACCAAAUCUUCCCUUUGCUAAACUAUCUUCUCAUUAGUAAUUUCUAUUUUCCCAGAUGUAUACGAUAAUAUAUAUGAAAUGGCGCUGUCCUAUCUCAUUUGAUGAAACUAGUUAUAUGACAGAUUGAGUUGUAAAUAAAAACAUAUUAGAUGGAUAUAUAUGGGUACUUGAAUCUGAUAACGGUGAUGUAAAAAAUUCAUCAUCGUCAUAAUCACCAAAUAUCACUCAUUUAUUAAAUGGAUUAAACCUAUGUACGUCAUGAAGGGAAGGUUUCGUAUUUUUAAUUGCCAUUUUGAUACAUACCAGAUCUUCUUUACCAUAGGUUACUCUGUUCUAAACAAACCAUCAUUAAGAUUAUCAAAUAUUAUCCAGAGCAUGGCGUAUUGGUAGUUAAGAUAGACAUGCCAUUCUGGGAUCAUAAUCUCUGUAUUAGCUUCUUUACAUUUAACAUAAUCGGGGUUUGAUCUGUGAGUAUCUUUUACCUCGAUAAUUUUCGUGUUUGAAUACUCAUGCUUACUACGCUAAUUAGAAUAAAUGGUGUUAUUAACUGUUAUAUAUGUUAUGAGAAACUAUGAGUCUGUCCAAAACUUACUCCAGUAGCUAUAAAAAAACCAACACACCAUGAACACAUGUGAAGGCAAUGUAUUGGUGUUGAGAUAAAGUAGGCAGCUGUUUACAAGCUAAUUACCACGCAUUCAUCAACUAUCACAUUUUGGUUCAUUUUGCACAGCAAAAGCCGAAUACACCUAUAUUCAUGUUUUAUUAUUCUUAAAAUCUCUAUUGUUACUGGUGUUUCAGAUAAACAGCAUACUACAUAAAACAAUAUAUACCCACUACGUUUUUACCAAAAUAUAGGCUGCUACCUAUUUCAGGGCUUUGUGAACUCAAUGAACAAUAAUUGGGGCUGAACAGCAAAUAAAUCAUUGAUGACACCGACAGGCUACUAGUACUAUGGUUUAUUUAUAAGGUGUUGCAGUUUUUUCAUAAAUGAGUUGCACUCCAACACAUUUAUUACGAGCACUUGCUGUCGUCACUUUGCAAACAUAAAUCCCUGAAUAACGGCACUAUAAAUGCAUGUAAUGUCCCAGAGAUUUAAUGGCUCAAAGACCUCUUGUUUACUAUGCUUGUUUAAGCUUACUAAUUAAGAUUUGUCAUACUUCUAAUAAUGUUUUAGAGGAAGAAUUAUUUGUCGUUUACUAUCAUUGCUAAGAAAAUGAAAAAAAAAUAUUUUAAAACAGAAAUGUGCUGUCCCGAAUCACUGUUGAACUUAGAUGUCAUUAUGUGUGAGUGUGGUACAAGAAUACAUGUAGACUGAAGCUUUUUCAAUUUCUAAUUGCCGUGAAACUACUUCAUACAUCAUUUAUAACUUUAUACGGAGUUUAAACAGAUAAAGAACUUUUUCAGUUUACGAGAGUUACAAUAAAACUGAAAAUUAACGGCCUCUCACUAUUUGAUGGUGAUAAUACCCUGAAUGCAUCAGACAGAGAUUAUUAAGGUAUGAUUUUAGGAUAUUGUGUCAUGUAUUGAGUGAGAGUAGUGUUAGUGUACUUGGCUGAUUGACAAUAUAAGUUGUGGCUCAAACUUGUUUUGUGAAAAGGCAGCAAUCCACUGUAUACUUAUGGUGAGGUUUCGAAGUAUUUAUUGGACCUUUUUAUUAAGUCCCAUCCUAUUUUUCUUGAAGCUAAUCAACAAAUUUACUAUAGUUCAGUAUUGUUUCGAAACUCGCACAAAUUCCUUCAAAUCAUUCAUACAUUUUCGCAGAUCACUUAGAAUGGUUUGAACGUUACUGAUUAGCUUUAGAGGUUGUACGAAAAAUCAAGAGCUUAAGGAUUGUUUGGCUUUGACAAUAUUUAUCAGAAUACGCAAAAAAGCUUUGUUACAAAAUUUGUGUUAAUGAUUUACCAUCCUCUUGUAAACCUUUACGCGAAUUUUGAGAUAACAAGGGUAUAAAGUCAGAUUCUCAAACAGUUUCAAGUCACCUUAUAUUUUGAAUGCGCAGUAUAAUUAAUAGGGCUUAUGAAACGGAACAGUGAGUUCAUAUCCUGCCUUUCUUCUCUAGAUUAUGUUAAUGAAAAGGCUGUUAGCUUUUACUCGGAAUUUAUUAGUGAUCUCUGGCAAAUAGCAUAAAUCUGAUUACUGGAAUUUAAGUUUCAACCACCAUUUUAUAUCACAACAACAUCCAGAAACUUUUCAGAUGAUCCUUUUUAAACCAGACUUUGAUAGAAACAGCUACAAAGCCUUCAUAGAGAACUCUGGAUAAAUCAUGUAAGUUUAUGUCUGGUUUUAGGGAGUGUUUUAUUUAGUGGGACUACCUGGGCUUUUUAAUUGGGGCUAAAGUUAGUUUACGACAUUUUAAGAUCUAGAAACUUUAGUUGGUUGGUAGCACUGGAAAAUGACGAAACUUACUAUUAAUUUCUAAAAUGUCAGGGAUCACUCAGUCAUAUUAUGAAAUGCACCGUAUACAAAAAGAGAUACCAAUUCAACAUGUCUGACAGUAGCAAUAAUAAGAUUCCUAACUAUGUACAUCAGGCUGUUAUUAUGAGCGAAACUAUUAAAAAAGAGUUGAGACAUCAAAAAAUAUUCACAGAAUACAGUAUCAAUCCUUUUAAGAAAAUGUAUCCCUUAGCUGAUAAACCAAAUAGAAUACAAGAAGCUGAUGCUGAAGACAAACACUUUGCGAACGUUAUACAACGCGCUUCUUUGGAACCACCAAAAAAAUAUAUCGAACCUCAAACAGAAAAUCAGGAAUAUGGCUGGAUAAGUCAACCAUUAAUGGAAAUAGACAGGAGUGAUCCAAGGUUUUAUCAUCCUAAAGUUGCUUGUGAAAUGACGAAAUUUAUGGAUGCGUAUUGGAAACUAAAUGAACAGCGUAAAUUAAAUUCGUGAGUCUUAGGGAUAAAUGAAUAAUACCUGAUGCAUUAAAAAUACAAUAUUGUAAAACAUGAAAAUAAUUUCAUUAGAAAUAUCGUCUGAUAUCUUUCUAUUUUCCGUUUAAUAUAUAUAGUUUUAGAAUGGAUUUAUUCUUGUAAAAUCCAAUUGUUAUUAUUUUUAUGUGGAAUAAACAAACGUAUUUUCAUAUUUAGUGAGGUGAGUUGUUUUGAAAUAUAAUAAUUAUUUUAGUAAUAAA